AUGGCUUACAACAAAUCCUACAAUCCCGAUGCGCUGCCAGCUCACGCCGAGCCAGAACAGGCCAAAGCCACACGCCAAGCCACACCUCGAGCCUCAAUCAAAAACCGCUUCCUUCUCGCCCACCACCGCAAACAACGCACAGCGGUGUUCCUCCCCGUGUUCCUGUAUCCAGCGCUCCCCCGCAACACGCAUACGUCGCAGCACCGCCACGUCUCGACCCCCAACCCCAUCACUCCCACUCCUACAGCGGCCGUCCCGCUCCAGCAAACGCGCCUCCACCAAGCCAACUCCCCAGCCAGUCUCAGUCUCGUCCUCACCCCCUGCACCCUUCCCCGCCACCCCAGAACUAUGGGUUUGGCCCCCCCGCCAGUGCAGCCGCAGCGCAGCCGACCCCCGUCCUCAUCGCGCCCUCCCCAAUCCCCCGUCCCACCACCAUUGACAGCACCCAGCAAUGACCCGCAACAACUCUUUCCCCUUUUCCGCGCCGCGAACGCCUCCAACUCCGGCACCCUCACGGAAGGGGAGCUCGGCAGUGCGCUCGUGAACGGCGACUAUACAUCCUUCCACCCGCGGACGGUCAGGCUCAUGAUUCGGAUGUUUGACCGUGACGGCAGCGGGACAAUCAACUUCGAUGAGUUUGUUUCGUUGUGGCGGUAUCUAGCUGCGUGGAGAGAGCUGUUUGAUCGCUUUGACGAGGACCGUAGUGGACGUGUCAGUCAGCCGGAGUUUGAGAAGGCGCUUGUCGCGUUCGGAUACCGUCUUAGUGGGAAGUUCAUUUCUGUGAUCUUUGGCGUUUUCGAAGGCAAGGGCAAGCAGAUGAGCAAUGCGCCUAAGGAUCCUAGGUCUCCUGGUAUGAGCUUUGAUCUUUUUGUCCAGGCUUGUAUUAGUCUGAAGCGCAUGACCGAUGUCUUUAAGCGGUAUGAUGAGGAUCGGGAUGGGUACAUUACUCUGAGCUUUGAAGAGGCUUUGACUGAGAUUCUUCUAUUGCAGGAGUAA